AGUUUCUCCGGAUAGUCGUCGGACCUGGCAACCCUCGGCCGGCCUCGCUCCAUCCUGGCACUUGGCUCCAUCCUGGUCACUGACGGUCCCCGGACCGAAAACAGGAAGCUCGCGAUGAGUUCGGCAGCAGACGACGACGAGGCUGCAGCGUUAGAGACCGUCAAGUCCGUCACGCUCACUCAGGACAGCGAUGGAAGCAUCAUACUGCACUGUCCGCACAACGACGAGGACUCAGAGCCUCUUCAGAAGAAGCUCCGUCUCUCUGCAGAACAGGUCGACUCGGACGGUCCUCAGUUCUCCGUGGUCACUUUACCGAUGUCGGAGAACGACGAAGGCUUCGAGGUGACAAUGACGGCCACGGCAGACGCCGAUCUCUCCGAGGAAGGUGUCGCUCAGAUUCAGAUUCUGCAGGAGGACGAGGACUCUCUCUCGCCCAAUCAGAAGACAGAGGUCUCGCCUGUCAGUCAGGCCUGGUUCACUACCAAAGAAGACAAAGACACACUGACGAACAAAGGUCAUAAGUGGAAACAGGGCAUGUGGUCUAAAGAGGAGAUCGACAUCCUGAUGAGCAACAUCGAUCAAUACGUAAAGGGCCGAGGCAUCGAAGACCCGGCUGAGAUCAUUUUUGAGAUGUCCAAAGAGGAGAGGAAGGACUUCUACCGCUCCGUAGCUUUGGGUUUAAACCGGCCGCUGUUCGCCGUCUACAGACGAGUUCUACGAAUGUACGACAACCGAAACCACGUGGGCAAGUACACUCCUGACGAGAUAGAGAAGCUGAAAGCGCUGAGGGAGAAGCACGGGAACGACUGGGCGACGAUCGGAGCGGCUCUGGGUCGAAGCGCCUCCUCUGUUAAAGACCGAUGCCGACUGAUGAAGGACACGUGCAACACAGGUAAAUGGAGCGAGGAGGAGGAGCGGCGUCUCGCCGAGGUCGUGUACGACAUGGCGGGCGUGACGCCGGGGUCGGCCGUCACAGGAGGCGUUUCCUGGGCGACCGUCGCCGAUCAGGUUCGCACGCGCUCAGAGAAACAGUGUCGGUCGAAAUGGUUGAACUACCUGAACUGGAAACACAGCGGAGGAACGGAGUGGAUGAAGGACGACGACCUCAACCUCAUACGAAGGAUAUCGGAGCUGGAGGUCGAGGACGAGAAUGAAAUCAAGUGGGAGGAUCUUGCAGGCGGGUGGAGCAGCGUCCGAUCGCCUCAGUGGCUGAGAUCGAAGUGGUGGAGCAUCAAGAGACAAGUAGCCAAUCACAAGGAGAUCCCCUUCAGCGUCCUCUUGAAGGGUCUCCAGGAGCUCAUGGCGUCCUCACAGACAUCGUCCGGACCGGGAAGUCCCUCCUCCUCCUCGCUCCAGAUCCGACUCACCCGAUUGGAGGAGAGCGGCGGCAGCCCCGCCUCCAGCUCUGUGGCCGCCCUGCAGAUUCCCGUACAGAUCCCGCUGCAGAUCACGCACCUCGCUUCAGAUUCUUCAGCAGGAGCCAGCGACAGUGAAACCAUCACCCUGAACACUGGCGCCCUGCAGACCUUCGAGAUCCUGCCCUCCUUCCACCUGCAGCCCACCGGCACCCCGGGCACCUACUACCUCCAGACGACGUCCAAUCAGGGCCUGCCGCUCAGCUUAACCAAUAACGGCACUGUUACCCUGACGACGGGCUCCUCUCCCACGUCACAUGAACACAUCAUCCUUCACAGCCUGUCGACUGACGGCCUCUGCUCCAGCGAUGGCGUCAUCAUCCAAACGGUCACAUCUGACCCCGCCUCCUCAGACCCUCUCAGCCAAUCACAGCUGGUCGUGGAGACAGAAGAGCAGAGUCAGGACGACGACCGCCUCGAAGCCACGUGCGUCCUGGAGGGGUCAGAGAACGUCGUCACGGAAACUCAGGAGCCAAUGACAGACGACUUCACUGACAAAGAGCUGAGUUCCCCCUCCGUCGAGGGUGCAGUGGUGCAUUCUGGGAUAGCGUCCGGCAGCGCCGUGCUGAUUGUGUCGCCUCCGAACAUCAGCAGCACGCUGACAGAUCCGAUCUUGGAGAACCAGGAAGGCUCCGACUGAGCUGAGGUGUCGAUUUAAAGGAUGGACGACCGGAGGAGGCUGCACAGAACGACAACAAAGACUAAACCCGUCUGCUCAGACUGAGACUGAUCUAAAAACAGACUAAA